AGAAGUGAAAAGAUGCUCAAUUUCACAGAUGUGACUGAAUUUGUUCUUUUGGGCUUAACCAGCAGAAAGGAAUUGCAAGUUCUCUUCUUUGUCAUUUUUCUCAUGGUCUAUAUAUUUACCAUGGUGGGGAAUAUUGGCAUGAUGAUAUUAAUUAAGAUCAGUCCACAGCUGAGCAGCCCAAUGUACUUUUUCCUGAGCCAUUUGUCAUUUAUUGAUGUGUGGUUUUCUUCCAACGUCACUCCUAAAAUGCUGGAAAACUUGCUGUCAAAGACAAAAACAAUUUCUUAUGCUGGCUGCUUGGUACAAUGCUUCUUCUUCAUUGCUCUUGUUCAUGUAGAAAUCUUCAUUCUUUCUGUCAUGGCCUUUGACAGGUACAUGGCCAUUGGAAAGCCUCUGCUCUAUGGCAGCAAAAUGUCCAGGGUGGUUUGCAUUCGACUUAUUUCUUUCCCCUACAUAUAUGGGUUUCUGACUAGUCUGGCUGCAACCUUAUGGACAUAUGGCUUGUACUUCUGUGGGAAAACUGAGAUCAACCACUUCUACUGUGCAGACCCACCCCUCAUCAAGAUGGCCUGUGCAGGGACUUUUGUGAAAGAAUAUACAAUGAUUAUACUUGCAGGCAUUAACUUCACCUAUUCUCUUUCUGUAGUCAUCAUCUCCUACCUGUUCAUUCUCAUUGCCAUUCUCAGAAUGCGCUCAGCGGAAGGCAGGCGCAAGGCAUUUUCCACCUGUGGGUCUCAUCUCACAGCUGUUGUAAUAUUUUAUGGCACUCUCAUAUUCAUGUAUCUCAGACGACCCACUGAGGAGUCAGUGGAGCAAGGAAAGAUGGUGGCUGUGUUCUAUACCACAGUGAUCCCCAUGCUGAAUCCCAUGAUCUACAGUCUGAGGAACAAGGAUGUCAAAGAUGCCAUGGACAAAGUGAUUAGUCGAAAGUGCUUAACAAAGUAA